CUUUACAAUAGGCUGCAGCUUGACGCUCGUCAGCUCGGCGGACGCUGCCUUGGAAACGACAUAAAUCCAGUCCACGCAGCUGGGUUGAGAGCAGGGCCCCAGAUUUCCUCACUUCAAAGGCUUUCACUCCUCUCCUCCGCCUCCUCUUCCUCCUCCUCUCUACAUCCCUCCAUCAAUCCAUCCAGCCUUGGUCCUCGGAGCUGCGAACAUGGGCGAGCUGAAAUGAAACGCGGAGCAGGAGAGACGGAGCGGAAAGAGAGCCAUUCCGAUAAACGAGCGAAGAAGAAGAAGCAGGAGAAGAAGGUGAGGCCAGGCGUAGACCAGCAUGCCGUUGGUGAAGAGGAACAUCGAGCCCAGGCACCUGUGCCGUGGGGCGCUGCCAGAUGGGGUGACCAGUGAGUUGGAGUGUGUCACCAACAGCACCUUGGCAGCCAUCAUCAAACAACUGGGCAGUCUGAGUCGCCAUGCAGAGGACAUCUUCGGAGAACUGUUCAAUGAAGCCAACAGCUUCUACCUGAGGAUGAGCAGCCUGCAGGAGAGAGUGGACCAGCUGGCUGUGAAAGUCACCCAGCUCGACUCCACUGUGGAGGAAGUCUCCCUGCAGGACAUCAACAUGAGGAAGGCCUUUAAGAGCAGCACCAUCCAGGACCAGCAGGUGGUGUCGCGGACCUCUGUCCCCAACCCUGUGGUGGAGAUGUACCAUCGCUGCGAUAAACCUCCACCACUUAACAUCCUCAGCCCAUAUAGGGACGACAAGAAGGACGCGCUGAAGUUCUACACGGACCCGUCUUACUUCUUCAACCUGUGGAAGGAGAAGAUGCUGCAGGCCACCGAGGACAAGCGCAAGGAGAAGAGGCGGCAGAAGGGCUGUCCGGCCCACCCUGACAGGCCCCACUCCAGACAGGCCCCACCCAGGAGCCCCCUGUCCAUCUCUGAGCAGCAGAGGCAGGUGGAAGACCCGGGCAGAGAGGUGAAGAAGGUGCGUAAGGCUCGUAACCGCCGUCAGGAGUGGAACGUCCUCGCCUAUGACAAAGAGUUCAGACCAGACGCAAGGCUCACGCCAUCCCCUUACCACGGCAUGUCCUCUGAAGGCUCCCUGUCCCCUGAUAGCAGAUCAAUGGCGUCUGACUCCUACCCAGCAAGUCCCAACCACCCCUCAACCCAGGCCCCCAGCGCCGCCCAUCCCGCUGACCACCACACCCGGGAUCUCCUCAGCGCCGCAGCCCAGACUCAGUCACUGGAUCGGGGCCUGAGGCCAGCCAACCAGCCCCCAGCGGCCGGAGCGGCCGCGGGGACAGGGAGACACGUGGCCUCCUUGGGCAGGACCCCCUCUGGACACGGGAUCCAGCCUGGCGGAGAUCCAACGGUUAACGGGCCGAGGCAGCCGUCUGUUAAGGAUUACCGGGCCGGUCACGCUGGCCAGCCCUCCACCAUCCCAGAGUACUAUAUCCCACCUGCCCCUCCCCCACCUCCUCCAACCAUCCCUUCUGCCCAGACGGCGUUCGACUCCACCACAGUCCCGCCCUCCGCCGCUGCCGCCGCCGCCUCCGCCGUGCCCCCCGCCUCCUCUGCCCUCGCCCGUCCCUACUCCCCCUCCCCUCCUCCUCCCCCGGCCAACUACGUGCCGUCUCCCUCCCACCCGCCUUCGGGCGCGCCACCCGCCGCCCCUCCACCUCCUCCGCCUGGAGCCCCUGCUGGCCACCCGGCCCACCCAUCCCCACCACAUGCUGCUGUGGGCCAGGCGGCUGCGGAUGCGGCGCCCCAGACGAGGAAGUCCACCAUGCUGGGGAUGAUCCCGAUGAGCGAUGCCCGCUCCGACCUGUUGGCCGCCAUACGUAGAGGUAUCCAGCUGAGGAAGGUGCAGGAGCAGAGGGAGCAGGAGGCCAAGAGGGAGCCUGUGGGCAACGACGUGGCCACCAUCCUAUCGCGCCGCAUCGCCGUGGAGUACAGCGAGUCCGACGACGACUCCGAGCUCGAUGAGAAUGAGUGGUCUGACUAAAAGUUAUAAAAGAAAAGAGUGAGAUAAGAGACGGGGGUUCGGUGGGUGGUGAUGACGGGGAACUGAAGGGGGAGAAACAUUGUGACACUGAGGUGGAAAUGAAGAAGUUUGGUUCAUUAAUCAUUAACGUUUAAACAGAAAAAAAAAAAGUGGAUUCAUAUACAUUGACAUACAUACUCCAGAUCGCCUGUUGCAGCCUCUCUCACCAUUAAGCACUUCAAAAGCAACAGGUCGGUAAUUUCAGCUUGCUUCGUUGCCCCUGACGACGCCUAUUCUUGAACUGAACAACCACCCAGGGUGUAUGGCAUACUAAACACACACAAACACACACACACACGCGCGCGCACAUAACACUUACAUUCGCACCAUUUUAACACCCUCCCGCCCCCGUCCACUCAUUUUUAACCACUAACACUCAGCUGUGAAAAACAAACGCGCCAACUCCUCCCUCGCUACAUAUUUGAGUGAUAAUUAUUAGCAAUAAUCCAGGCUCUUAAACUGUAGGUAGGUGGGCCCCCAGUGAGUACUUGGGCAGUGUGUUUACAAAACACAUGGUAUAGCACAAGAAAAACUAAUUAUAGUGCAAUCUUAACUUAUCUGCCAAAUGUUGAGAAAGAAUUUAUGAAACAAGUGUUUGGAUAAUCAGGGAAACUGGGAAAAAAAAAAGCUUAUCAGAGGAUUACUCCGCUUCGCUGGGUUGUGCCUGUUUACAAAACAUGUGCACUCUCCUUUAAGAGGCUACACCAGAUUUUCGGGAGUUUGGUCAUCUUGAAACAAUAGAAACAGCAUCAAAAAUGAUCUCUGUGUAAUGAACUCUGGCUGGUGUGCAUGCUAACAGCUGAAUAUAUAGCAUGUUGGCUAACAAGGCUUGAUUUAGAUGUUUAAAAUGUUGUUUAAAGAUGCAUAAAAUAAGGGAUAAAAAUGACUUCAGCUGAAAAUAUGCUUCUCCAAAGAUGCAUGUAAAUGUUUCUAUCCCAGAGAGGAUCUGAUGCGCACACCUCCCAAAUCUCAACAAUGCAUUGUGGGAACCUGCGUUUAGAGCAAGCUGAUUGGUUGAUCCAACUUCCUGUUGGGAGGUGGGUUCAACUAGAUGAUUAAUUGCGAUCAAUGGUACAUAUAAAAAAAGAAACAAACAGGAACGUCUCCAAACAUAUGUUCACUUAUGUGCAAUAUGAAGAAGGAGAAGCUUUGACAUUAUGUUUACUUGCAUAUGAAAAAUCUGAGUUUCUCAAGUGAUCAUAAUUCAGAAUACAGGCCUGUUUCUGUGCCGUUUACAGGUAUAAAUGACGUAAACAAACCUUUAAAAUUAAGAAUUUAUGUGUGAUUAUUGUCUCCUGUUAGUCGCUUUUAAUGAAAGACCAAGGAGUCAUAGAAAGUUCCAAUCUUGUGAUUUUAAUUUUGGUAGUGGGGCAACAACAUAUUAGUUUGUGCCUUUAAUGUCUUGUAUAUUUAUUAUGUAUUUAGAUUUAUUUUCAAUCUUUUAUUUCAACUGGAUGUUUCAGUGAGAUCAAAACAGAACAGUUGUUACACAUUAAGAAAAAUAAUUACAAGUAACAUAAUAUUUUACUUUCUUAUAAAGCAUAAAAACAUUUUGGGGGGGGGCACACAUCAGGCAGACUUAUCUAUAGAGAGAAAUGUGAUGCUGGUUCUUGUAAUGUUGUGGGUAAAACUAUUAGAAGGCCAAACUCCCAUAAAGUCAGUGUGGUCCUUGAACUCAUACCUUUAACGUUGUGAUAUACAGUAGUUCUCCCACUGAGGUAGUGUGAUAAAACUGUGAUGAAAGACGCCACCCACCAGGAGUACGCUGGUUUGGGAAAGCAAGCGCCACCAGCACCAGCCUUGUCAGAGUUUAGUCAUAACUCAUCAUUCAGCCUCCAUAUCACAGCAUUGAACAAUAAAGCGAGCGAGCGAGCUUAUGCCAUUAUUUUAGUACGUUUUUAUUUCUAUUUUUUAAUUUUUGGUCUUUUUUAGUCAUUCAUAACUUGAAGCCUAACAUUUCAGCCAGUGACUGUGUGCUGUGGUAUUGGUCUUAUAUAAACGCUUCCACACGUAGCCACAACUUGGAGCCGCGCUCACAAAGCUUGUCAUCCUGGCCCAGGGUCAAAGGUCACGUCCACCCCUUCAUAAGACCUUACACACUCUCAGCGACCCUGGAUCAGCACCGCUGUCUGUGGAGGCUUUGUGAAUGCAGCCCUUGGACUAUAAAUACAUACAUACGUGUAAGAGACUUGCAACAUAAUAUACAGUAUAUUAUCUAUCUCUUUUCAGUAUAGGUUUGGCUAAACCUCAGUAUGAGCUGAUUGGACUGUAGUGUUUUUAUAAUGUGGUUUUUCUUUUUAAAAUGUGCUGCAGUGAGUUGUUCACUUUGGUUUAUCUUAAGGUUUUCUAAUGUCAAGGCCAGGAUGGAGGUAACAGUUUAAUUUGUGUCAAAGAAGCAGUUAAAGGAUGAUUCCAACUUUUUUUUUUUUUUUUUAACCAGAUUUAUUAAUCUACUCUCGAGCCAAAGCAAAUAUCCCACGAAAACAGGAUUCAAACAGCAUUUAAUGCUACUUUUAUACAUUUUCCCCAUUUGUUUCAGUUUUCUAUGUGAUGCCGCGACUUCAUAGCAAAGCAUUCUGGGAUGUGUAGUGUUACUCAUCCAUCUUCUGGUAGCACCGCAGCAAAUGUCGAGCCUCGGUUGUAGAUAUUCACUGAUACCGUUUCGUCUUUAGACUUUGCAGACCAUUGUUUUUAUUUGUCCAUUUGUGUUUACUUGAGCAAAACAUGCACUUCGAACAGUUUGUGAUAUCCCACCAAAAGGCUCAGUCACACUGUUCUAAACAUUAAAAUAUCUUGCUACCUAUUAGCUAAAUUACCUUACGUACUGUAAAUUACCAGUCAUUAGCCAUGUUUUCUUCCAUUGUAAAGUGAAUAUCGGAGCCUAAUCACAAAAAAGAAGAAACAAACUACAGUUCAUUGUGCAGUUACAACCUGCUUCACAUUGAAAGGUAGAGGGAAAAGCUGUUAUAUGUAACCUAGAUGUAUCUAUAAAAUCAAUUUCAACCAUGUUUGGCCCAGUUUUAAUCUAUAUAUCUUGAUGUCAUUUGUUGCACAGGUUAGAGGUUCUUGCCUUAUUGGUUUAUUUCAGAAAAUGCCAAGAUUUUGAAAAGGAUAGGGCUCAAAAGUAGUUAUUAUAUUGUUGUAUAUAAAUACCACACGAUAUCUGAGAAACCAGCUCGCUCAGUAAGCUGCACUGUGUUGAAGAAUACAAAACUACAACUGGAUUAAAGACUGUACGAUAUGUCGUUAUAGGUUUUAAGGAACACCUGCGUUUAUGGACUGUUACUAUUGAAGCAAAAAAAGCACAUUAACAGCUAGAAUGUGGAUUUGACAUUUGACCUGGGUUGAAUGUCGUAUAAGAAAUUGGGAGUUUAAGGCACAAAAUGUGGAAAAAACACAACCCGGGUCUGAUAGUUUAUCUUAUGGUUUUGUUGUUGUGCAAGAGCCAUAGAUAUACCCAGUCCUGAAAUUCAGCAAGCAUAUCUGGAUCCAAGCGCUUCAUGGCCUUACGGUGUCCAUGAAUGUAAAGCUGUGACUGUAAAACAAUUUUUGUCUUGCUGAAUGCGCUGAUAAAACACUGGACCUGUUAAUCUUUACAAAGCUGGAAAUACUUGUCCACAAUCACCAAAUUUUGGCGGCAGAACGCAGAAAAACCUUAUUUAAUAUUUCAAAAAUGGAAACCCGAGGCACCAAAGGCAGAGAAAUCAAACCAACCAUACCUUGUGUAUCUAUGGCUACUGGCUUGUAAGAAUACUUCAUUAUGUGUUGAAAAUGUGAGAAAUGAAUCAUGUUGUAUAGAAUUUUGGUAAGGAAGCCUGUAAAGUAAAAUACAUUUGGAGUAAUAUAACCUAGACAAUGAAACAAAAUAAAACUGUGUAUUGCACACUAAAACCAACUGUAAGCAAGUAUGCAUGUAACUAUAGACAAUAAAUGGUGAACGAAAUUGUA